AGUGUUGUGAAGCCCAUGAUUGCAACGAUCCAGCAAAUUCAAGACUGAUGAGAUUCGCAAACCUACAUUUGCUGCGGACUGUGGUUUUAUAUCAAACGAUCAACCAAGCGUAUGCGCACAUGGUCGUCGAUAUUAAGCUUGGGGCUCUCUUGGCUCAUUCCUGGUAAUGAGCCCAGGCUACCGGUGGCUUGGGACUAACGCUUCAAUUUGGACGUUGAUCUGAUAGCGUGCGGCGAAUGGAAGACAAGGACAAGUGCGUUUUGCUAUUCUCGGAAUAUGCUGGGGUGUACGUUGGCGAGCUUUGCUUCUAUUAGUCUAGGAGCACGGAGCUCGUGGUACAGAUGCCGCCUCUAUACUAGAACACAUGCUUUUGUGCCCUUCAUCCGGCGAAAUUCAGGUGGAACUAAGCUCGGCUUUAUAUCGGUGGCGUCAUAUUUCCGCCGGGUAAAUUUGGCGGCCACAGGGGUUUGUCCACGUGAGGCCAUCCUCGGGACGAAGGCGAGGCGCGUCUCCCCACAAUCGAUCUUGAAACGUUUCUUGGCGUGGCAUUUCAUCCGUGAGAUUGGAUUCCGGGGCCUAAGAGCACGUAGAGUCGUGAAAAUUGGCCCACGCGACACAAGUCUUGGCUCUCGGUCGUAAGGCUUGUAAAAUCGUCGUAGCGUGGGUUUUCUGAUCCGGGGUAUUG